UGCGGUGAUUGCAUCUGAGCAAGGAGGAGGCAUCGCUGUGACCAAGUUCCAACUUCAGAUCCGGGUGACAAACGUUCUGGUUGCGGGGGAUAGCCUGAAAUCAUGACAUUGACAAUAAAGUGUGUUCCAUUGGUACCGAACUACAAUUUCUGCUGCUGUUCCUGCAGCUUGAAGACUGGAAUCCUCGUCAUGGCUGCGAUUGGACUGCUGUCUGAAGCAGCGGAUGGUAUUCGAGCCCUGGUCAAAUUGUCGUAUUGCGAGGAAGAGAACCCUGCAAAUGCUUCGCUCUUUCCGACAGACUCCAGAGAAGUUCUCGUGACCAGAUUUGCCGGAUACGUGGUGCAUGGCUUCGUCCAUGGGCUUCUCAUAUAUGGUGUAUGGAACGAGAAACCUGUACUUAUGCUGCCGUACAUAUUGAUUCAAUUUAUCGUUAUAAUUAUUGUUAUCAUAUUCCUCUUUGUCGUAAUCAUAGUCCUCUUCCGCGAGGCGAUGAUCGGCUACGGUAUUCUGACGCUGCUGAUUGGAGGACUGGUAACAGCGUUCGUGGCGUACCUGUGGGCCGGAGUGUAUACAUACUACCGACAGUUGGAAGAGAGAAAGAUGGAGCUGGCACCGCAAAACACAACUCAGAUCCUGGUCUACGAGAAACCUCCCGAGGAAGAAACAAUUAUAAAUCCAGAUGAAAUUAGAAAUGCGUAUACACAGAUAGAACGUAACAUCCAGCAAGGUCAUCCACAAGCUGUAUAAGGGCAAUCACCUGGAAGCAAUAUAUAAAGUAGUUUGUUCCAUUAUUUCUGUUGCUAAACUGAAAAGUUUCUGUGUAACACUUUGCUUGGAGGAGCAUUGGAGCGUGAUAAUAAUUAUUCAAUACUAUCAUCUUAGAACUUCCCGGAAAUCGUUGAGACGCUCAGGCUGAAAUGUCGGAAGCUCCUCCCCCCGAGUCCUUCCGUGCAGCUUCUGACUGCUAGCGGAACCGACAAACCCGUAUACAUUAUAAGUGAAAACCACUUACAUCCCAGAUGAAGCUGGAAAUCUUCACCUUUGUUCCACUAACAUCCAUGUUCCCUCUGUAUAACGUUUACAUUCAUACUUUUUUAUUGCUAGUGGGGUGGGACUAAGUCCCUUGUACUGCGGCCACUUCUGGCCUAUUG